UUUACUUUCCAGUGAAGUGUACCUAGUGCAUUGGAGAAGUAACAAAAAAAAAAUGGCUUCGGAAUCAUCGUCGGCGGUAUCCCCGAUGACGGUGGAAGAGUUGACGCUGGCGGUGAAAUGGAGCGGUAAAGAGCACACGGUCAGAGUCUGCGGCGAUGACACCGUCGGCGAGUUGAAACGACGGAUAUGUGAAGUCACAAAUGUUUUACCUAAACGCCAGAAGCUUCUAUACCCAAAAGUUGGUGCAAAACUCGCUGAUGAUUCUCUUCUUCUAUCUCAAAUUCCUCUCAAAUCCUCCUUCAAAAUGACUAUGAUCGGGACAGUUGAAGAUGAUAUAAUUGUGGAUCAAGUAGAAUCUCCAGAUAUCAUUGAUGAUUUUGAGAUUGAGCAAGAUGAAGCUGUAGAUAUAAAGGAUAAAGAAAUCAACAAAGAGAAGUUGAGAAGGCGCAUUGCACAGCACAAGAUUGUGCUCCGUAAUCCUUGUCGUGAAGGUAAAAAGCUGCUUGUUCUGGAUAUUGAUUAUACUUUGUUUGAUCACCGGUCAACUGCAGAGAACCCACUCGAACUCAUGAGGCCAUAUCUUCAUGAGUUUCUCUCGGCUGCUUAUGCAGCAUAUGACAUCAUGAUAUGGUCAGCAACCAGCAUGAAGUGGGUUGAGGUGAAAAUGAAACAACUUGGUGUACUCGAUAAUCCAAACUACAAAAUUACAGCUAUGCUGGACCAUAUGGCCAUGAUAACAGUACAAUCGGAUCAUUAUGGAGUUUUCGACUGCAAGCCUUUAGGCCUAAUUUGGGCUCAUUUUCCAGAGUUUUACAGUCCCAAAAAUACUAUAAUGUUUGAUGACCUACGAAGGAACUUUGUGAUGAACCCUCAAAAUGGGUUGCCUAUAAAGCCAUUCAGAAAGGCACACGCUAAUCGGAGCAGUGAUGACGAGCUAAUGAAGCUCACUCAAUAUUUGUUUGCCAUUUCAGAUCUUGAUGACUUGAGCCUUCUUGAUCAUAAAAGAUGGGAGUCCUUCGAUGGAGUCAGUUUUAAAAAACACUGAUAUUCCUAAGCGUCUGCAACUCCUUCCGAAGUCAACAGAAAAAUGAUUUGCGUUGGACAAUCAAAGAAAUGUAUCCAUUCCGUUCGUCUACUAGGAGAUAACUAAUAUUUCUGAUGUGUACUUCUAAUUAUUAGGCAGAAGGGUCUAUAUUUAGCUGAAUUCAUUUUGUAUUUGGAUGAUUAUGGAUUUUUGUGUAUCAUUAAGUUACUUGUUCUAUUAGUCAUGGUUGUUCACAUUAUUGUCUGAUUCAAUGCUCAAAACCAGACUUCUUAUUUGUCUUUGA